GUCAACAAGGGAGCAAAGUGCAUCGUUCAAAAACAUCUCUUUAACAUAAAAUAUAUGUUUGAAUUUUUCAAACUAGUUUUCAUUGGAAAGGCAGAUAAAGCGUUUUUAUAAAAAGCUAUCACUUUUGCAUGUGAAAACACAUAAUCCUAUUCAUUACUCCACGUGCUUAAUCUAGGCUAGCCCUAAACUAUGUCACUCGGGUUUUUUGUAUGCCGAUUUCGCCGUGAGUUUUGAACGGGGACCUGGAUUAUGCCUGAGAGAUAAAAGAUAGCCCGGUUCCAAAACAAAUGCAAUCACUUUUCACCCAGUGCAAAACUACCCACCGGGGUAACCCGGGCCUGAUAAUCGUAUCCCCUCUUUGGAUUGUUUCUGGGAGUGGUUACCGACCCAUUUUCAAAGAUCUAUACAUCUGGCUAAACAAUCAUCCAAUGCAAACAUCCCUACUGUAGUUACCAGUGUGCAGGGGAGAGAUGGGCACCCAGGGCAGCCGGUUACAUACCUCCCCCCAGGAUCCUGAGGAAGCAGUUGAGACUACAUGUGCCAGUGGCAAGCAUGGAUGUGAAUGCAGAAAGAGGAAACGGACUGCACACUGCGACUGCGACAGUGAGCCUGAUGAAGAAGACGCCUUAUUGGACACACCACGGAGGAAGAAGCUGAAAAGCACAUCUAAGUACAUCUAUCAGACCUUGUUCCUGAAUGGGGAGAACAGUGACAUCCGCAUCUGUGCCCUGGGGCAGGAGUGGAACCUGCACAAAGUGUACCUGUGCCAGUCAGGGUAUUUCUCCAGCAUGUUCAGCGGCUCCUGGAAGGAGUCCAACAUGAUGGUCAUUCCAUUAGAGAUCCCAGACCAGAACAUCGACAGAGAGGCUCUGCAGGUAGUGUUUGGAUCUCUGUACCGGGAUGAUGUUCUGAUCAAGCCCAGCAGGGUCGUCAGUAUCCUAGCAGCAGCUUGUAUGCUCCAACUGGAUGGUCUGAUCCAGCAGUGUGAUGAGACCAUGAAGGAAAACGUUGGUGUCAAAACUGUGUGUGUCUACUACUCCUCUGCCAGCAUCUACGGCCUUGACUCUGUCAUGAAGAAGUGUCUGGAAUGGCUCCUCAAUAACCUCAUGACCCAUCAGAAUGUUGACCUCAUGAAGGAGCUGGGAGUGGAUGUGAUCGAACUGCUGAUCCAGUCGUCUGACCUAUUCGUCAUGCAGGUGGAGAUGGACGUCUACACCGCUCUGAAAAAGUGGAUGUUCCUGCAGCUCAAUCCAUCCUGGGACGGUCCCAUCAAGCAGCUGCUGGCUGAUGCCGACGCCUGGCUUUGCAAACGCAGGACUGAGAUGGGAGAGGAGGAGCCCUUUUUAAAAGCAGAGGACGGCGCCCCCUUUACUCCUGUCUUUAGACAUGUGCGCCUUCAAUACAUCAUCAAUGACUUGGCUUCCGCACGCAUCCUGGAGAGAGACAACAUUCUCCCACCCGAUUGGCUGACCUCCGUGUACAAGAGCCAGUGGUUUGCCAUGCUACGGACAGAGCACGACAAUGACAAUGGCCCACAGGAUGCCAACAAGGAGGAGUUUGAGUCAAGUAGUAUGCGAUGUGGCAGGAAACUGACCAAAGAUGGUGAUUACUGUUGGCGUUGGACAGGCUUCAACUUUGGCUUUGACCUGCUGGUGACCUACACCAACCGCUUCAUAGUGUUCAAGAGGAAUACACUGAGCCAGCCAUGUGGGGGAGCUGUGAGUAUGCAGCCUCGGAGGCAUCUAGCAUACCGGUUACGCCUGGCUUCCUUUGAUAACAGUGGUAAGCUGGUGUGUAGUCGAUCCACUGGUUACCAGCUACUCACCCUGGAGAAAGACCAGGAGUAUGUGGUGAUGAACCUAGACAGUCGGCUGUUGUCCUUCCCCCUCUACGUGUGCUGUAACUUCCAGUACACAUCUCCUCAUAUGGACCGCUGUCCUGAUUCCCCUGAACCAGAGAGCAGCGCCCGCAGUGUAUCCUGAUGCCAGCUCCACACCCUCAGCCCAGUUCCCUUACCACUCCCCUUUAUAAUAUAGGCUAAUCCUAUCCUUGCCCCACACCCGCAUCUUCCAUGGCCCCUCUCUGACAUCCUGGCCUCAAGCUGUGGCCCACAGCUUCUACCCCCCCAAACACAACCCUGGCAUCUGCAUGCUCUAUAGCUCAAUCUAGUGUGUUUUGGGAUACGUUGUUAGUUUAAAAAAUGUAAUUAUUUGGCUUUCAUUUUAUAAUAUUAUUUUUUAUAACAUUCAUACAUUUUUUGUAUUAUUUAUUUAACUUUUUUUUUAAAGAAAAAGCGAAGAAAACUUAACCUGCCAAUAAAUUGUCCACACCAGUGGGCUGUGGUGCUAUCA